AUGGCUUUCAGACUUUUAAGGAAUCCACGAGGUUUGUCAGCGACCACUAUAAGACCAUUUCAAAUCUCUCAGCGCAAUGUUGCACUUCCCGGGAUUCGAAGGUAUAUGACUUCCCCAAAAGACGAAAAAAAAGAGGUGGAUCCUAAGCAAAAGGCUCUAAGCAUUAUCGAUUCUCUUCCCGGAAAUUCUUUGAUCACAAAGACUGGCUACAUUACUGUGGGAACAGGAUUGUUAACUUUGGCUAUCUCCAAAGAAUUAUAUGUGCUCAGCGAAGACAGUUUAUUGGUGCUUUCCUUUGCAUGUAUUUCAGCAGUUAUUUAUCGUGCAAUUAAACAACCGGUUAAUGAAUGGGCUGAUGAACACAUGAGUCGCGUGAAUAAUAUCCUUCGUAAAGCUCGAGAGGAUCAUAAAAAUGCUGUUCAGGAACGGAUUGAAACUGUCGGACAGUUAGGAGACAUUGUUGAUGUUACAAAGGCAUUAUUUGCUAUGUCUAAGGAAACCGCUACGUUAGAAGCUGAGGCCUUCGAAUUAAAGCAAAAGGCUGCAGCAACUGCUGAAGUCAAAGCUGUUUUGGAUUCAUGGGUUCGUUAUGAGGCUUCAUUACGUGAGCGAGAACAGAAAGCCCUAUCGGAUUAUGUCAUUGAGCAUGUGAAGCAACAAUUAAAUGAUCCUAGGAUGCAACAAGAAAUUCUAAAUGAAUCAGUCCACGAAGUAGAAAAAGUCAUGAGGGCUUAA